AUGGCAGAAACCGGUCUUGUCCGGUUUCCGGGAAGCCUGGACCCGGGAGCCCAAGAGUUCAUACCCAGAAACCCGAACCAACUAACCCUCUUCGGGCCUCCUCCACCGCAACCGCUACCACCGCCUCCGCACCAAGUUUUCUAUCCGUACCCGCCAAUCAGCGAAGUCGUACCGUACGCUCAGUACGCUGCGCCCCCGGCGUAUGCUAGUGCCGCGCCAACCGUUUGCGUGCCGAUUCCACCUUCAUCUGCGGCCGCGACGCGGGCUGUGCUGUUGAGCUCGGUGCCGAGUGACGUGAGCGAGGGGACGGUGAGGAGGGAGGUGGAGGGGUUCGGGGAGGUGAGGUGGGUGCAGAUGGAGAGGGUGUGCGAAGGGAUCGUGACCGUCCAUUUCUACGAUCUGCGGCAUGCAGAGCGGGCCUUGAGGGAGUUUCGGGAGCAGAACAUGCAACAGCAGCAGACCAGGCUUCGCAACAACUACGCCUCCUAUCCUUUCAUCCCCAACACUCCGCCUCCGCUGCCGCCCAAUAAUUUGUCUAGCCAGCUUCUUCCGGUUACUCCAGGUCGUGGGCUCAUCGCUGGUCAACCCGUGUGGGCCCAAUUCGUGAUUCCGGCCUUGAAAGCCGUCCCGGACGGCCAUAACCAAGGCACCAUCGUGAUUUUCAAUUUGGACUCGGCGGUCACCACCUCCACUCUCAAAGACACCUUCCAAGCUUUUGGGCCUGUAAAGGAAUUGAGAGAGACGCCUUCGAAAAAGCACCAAAGGUUCAUCGAGUUCUUCGACGUGAGAGAUGCUGCGAAAGCUCUCAAGGAAAUGAACGGAAAAGAAAUCAACGGCAAACCAGUUGUCAUCGAAUUCAGUCGACCCGGAGGCCACAGCAGGAAGUACUUGAAUGCGGUGGGCAACACCACCCCAACGCUGGUCUCGCCUACCAAUAUAAUUGCACCCCUUCAUUCUAACAACGCUCUAGUUAGUUACCCGCCUUCUACGUCGCGGGAAACUGGUCGGAAAAUUCUCAAGACGGCCCAAUAG